UCCAGAUAUAUGUAGUUCAGUGGGGAAGUGUCCCUCCUACGAUACGGCACAUUUUGGACGUUUCACUAUGUAACUUUCACAAAAGUUUUGUAUAAUAUGACAAAAUAUAAAAAUGCUGUUUUUAAGGACUAUUUUUAUUUAUCAAUUUAAUUGAUUUUGUGUGCAAUUGUAAUAUGAGUCAGUUUUCACUCCGUGAAAAUUAAUUAUUUAUAAUAGUUCAAUUUCAGAAGAUUAUUUUAUGGUUGAACAAAUCGGUCCACACAUAAUGACUUAAUGAAAGAAGUGUUAUUAGCAUCAGUUCCUACACUAAAUACAACAAUGUACUAAUUAUAUUUACAAAAAUUUCACCUUUUAGUGUAUAAACAUCAUAGAAGUUUUUUACAUUGUUAGGAAAGGACAUUGAAACUCCAUAUUUGUGAAAAAAAUCCGUUUUGGAUUACACGGAACAAAUAUCACGAAGAUUCCACUGGUUAAUAAUAAAGGUGUAUUGACUGACAAAAAUGGUAUGAGGGAAAACUCUGGCAACACAACCGAGGUGUUACCAGUUGGCGGGGAGGAGGCUGUGCUACUGCUCAGCGAACUUGAAAGCAUGGCAUCUAGACAGCAGCGAGAAAUUGUCCAGCAGAGGCGAAUAUUAGAACAACGAGAGGCUCAGCUAGCUGUACUCCGAGGAGCACAGGAGCCAUCCCAACAAGAUAGACUUGCACGACUUCGACAUCGGUUAGAUCAACAACAAACAAAAUUGAAUCGUUUGAGAUUAAUAAGAUCACAAACUGAUCAAUCUCGAGUCAACAAUGCCACCUUAACUUCUGAUUUGGACUGCAUAAGAGCUCUUUUCAAUGAAAAGGAAAAAGAAUUAUCACUAGCUGUAGCUAAAGUCGAGGAGUUAACUCGUCAACUGGAAGAACUUCGUGGACGCCAUAGUCUUAAUGGCAACAAUAUUGGUGUACAUUUACCUACCUCCGCCAGUACUGAAUUGGAGAAAUUACGGAGGGAGUUAUUGUAUCGUAACAAGAUGAAUGAACAACAGAAUCAAGUAGUGUCUCAGCAGAGAUUGGCUUUAGCUCAGAAACAAGCAGAAAUGGCAUCAAUUGAUGCAAGAAUCGCUCAGCUACAAGGUCGACUUCAACGAAAAAGAGCUUUAAAUCAACGAUUGAGCCAACAACUUGGAUCAAUAAAUUUAUCAACUUCAAAUCAAACGUAUCUUGAUUCGAAAGUUGAUUUUUCUAAUGGCGGAAAAUCUCGACCUAUUGGUAAUAUUGCUGCGAUUGAGCCUUAUUCUCAUAUUCCGAAUGACGAUUUCACUUUAAACAAAAACGAUCCAAAGUAUCAAACACUGCCAUACAACACCAAAUUCACUGUUAAUUUUAAAAAUUCAGAGGAUGAUUGUAAUAUUAACAAAAUUCAACACAGCGCAAGUGCUUCGCAAAUUGGACAAAGAUCAACAUUUUAUCAAUCAGGUCAUCAGAUUGUUCAUAGUCAAUCCCAGUCUCAUAUUCAAGGUAAAUUGCUGCCAUUAGGCACCAAUCAACAGAAUUUUCCCUACAGUGCAAAUAACACAAACAAUAAAAAUAACAAUAACAUUUCUAAUAAUAAUAAUGAUAAUUUCAUUAUUGAAAAUCAAGCUUCUCAAGGUCUUCGAAUACAUGGAAUACAACAAACUCAACAACAUGUGAAUUUACAGCAAAAAUACCACAAUUGUAUGAAUUUAUCAAAUUCCAGUGCCCUUUUAAAUACUCAAAUAAAUUGCACUAAACAAAAUCUUCGAAAUAUUCAAUUGCAUCAAAAACCAAUAUCAAGUGUAGCACCAAGUUUUCCCGUAAAAUCACCUAUUUAUAAAACAUCAUCAACAAAAAUUCAUCCUGUUAUGCCACAAACUUUAAAUGUAUUAAGUAAAGGCAAUACUGGAUACAACACAUUAAAUAAUCAAAAUUUGUCUAACCAAACAAAUGAAAAUGUUCAAAAUAUAACACAGGAAUUAAAUUGUGUAAUAAAAUCUAAUCCACUCAGUGUUUUAGCAGCAACAAUAUCAGGUUUUGAACAAUCAAAUGAAAAACCAUUGUCCAAACUCGAAGUCCAAGUACGUUUUGAGCAAAAUGGAGUAAAAUAUGAAAAUAAUCAACCGCAAAAUAAAUACGAUCAACAAAUUAAUUCACCUGUUCAUCAAACAAAGGCGUUUGUGAAUAAUGGAAAACAUGAAUUAACUGGUGGUAAGGAAGAUAUAUUAUACAAUAAACAUGAACAAUCUAUUAAAUCUGAAACAUUAAAGCCAGAUUUAAAUGCUAUAUUUGAUUUGAAAUUUGAUCAAAAUCUUCUUAAAAAUGAUUCGAUAAGUAAACACGAUGCCUCUGUAGAGUUGCAAGUAAAAUUAGAUCCAAUAAAAUAUGAUAAAACACAAAAUACAUGUGAUAAUUCUGCUUUUUAUGAUCACAAUGUCAAUGCAGAUGUCAACACUAAAUUCGAAUUACCUGGAAAAUUAUCAGAAAUUGUUUCUGAACAAGAGAAAUUUAAACCUGAAGUUGAAAGAAAAAUAUUUCUUUAUAAUGAAAUGAAGAACGAAAAUAAAACUAAGCCAAUAUUACCGCCGAAGCCAACUAAAUCUAAUCCACCUCUUAGAUUAAUUAGUCACGAGAAGCUUGAAUUUGUUACUGACGUUGAUGAGUAUGCAGUAAACAAUGACAGAGAGGAAAAGAAAGAAGAAAUCCCUCCUAUGCCAACAUCGGAACCUCCGGAAUCUCCGACAGACGGUCAAUGUGGGAAUAAACAAGCAAUUACAUCUCGCCCUUUAACAUUGAGAAAGGUACCAUUUUUAGAAACUCCAAAACUAAGAUAUUCUAAAUCGAAUAUCCAUGUGUCAAUAAAUCGUCGAAUCGAAAUGCCUCCUGCAUUUCUUUUUCCUGAAACCGAAAUUCCAGCAGAUCUUAUACAAACUGAUGUAAAUCAAUAUCAACCACAAGAAACUGUUGAGUCAGCUGAUAGUAAUAUUAAAAAAAUAUUACCAAAUAUUCUAACAAAUAAGGAAUUAAAUCAAAAAGAGAAAGUUGAACCAGUUGAUAUUGUGGAUGCAAUAAAUGUUAUUAAUAUUGAAGAAAAAUCGAAGGUAAAAAAUGAAAAAGAUAGAAUGUGUGAAAUGGAAUUGGAAUGUAAAUCGACUGAAGUUACUAAAAGGAAAAAAGGCAAUUUAAAAAUAACAAUUGGAAAAGCCAAUCUUUCAAGGCGUGUUUCAUUUGAUCCAUUGGCACUUUUAUUAGAUGCUAGUCUUGAAGGUGAAUUAGAAUUAGUAAAAAAGACUGCAAAAGAAGUGUCUAAUCCAAGUUCUGCCAAUGAUGAAGGUAUAACAGCUCUACACAAUGCCAUUUGUGCUGGACAUCUUGAAAUAGUCAAGUUUCUUGUUGAAUUUGGUUGUGACGUUAAUGCACAAGACAGUGAUGGAUGGACUCCAUUACACUGUGCGGCUAGUUGCAAUAAUUUAGCGAUGGUAAAAUUUUUGGUCGAACAUGGAGCUUGCAUAUUUGCUACUACAUUAUCAGAUCAUGAAACGGCUGCCGAAAAAUGUGAGGAAGAUGAAGAAGGUUUUGAUGGCUGCUCUGAAUACUUAUACAGUGUUCAAGAAAAGUUAGGUAUCAUUAACAGCGGACAAGUGUAUGCAGUAUUUGAUUAUGUGGCACAACAUAAUGAUGAACUUUCAUUAAAAAAUAGCGAUUCUCUGGUUAUAAUCAGAAAAGGUGAUGAUAAUGAAAGGGAAUGGUGGUGGAGUAAAUUGGGUCAUAAAGAGGGAUAUGUACCACGAAAUUUACUUGGCCUUUACCCAAGAGUAAAAGCAGCUAAGGUGGACUGAAGUAAAUACAGAUCUAUAAAUCAGCACUUUUAUCUUUUAUGUACUAGAAACAGUAUUGAGAUUGUAAUUUUAUUUUAUUGUAUAGUUUGUAAGUUAUUCAAACAUAUAUAAUUUAAUAUUUUUUUGGGCGCCAUCAUAUUGUAGAUAACAGUUAUCAUAUAUGUUUGAUAUGAAUAUGUAGAAUUUUUUAAUAAUUUAAAAAAUUGUUUUGAAUAAAGCUUUAAAUAUAGUUUUCAAUA